AUGCAAAUUCAUGGUUCAAAUAAAGAAGUUGAAGCUAAUAUAGAUGAAGUUUUUGUUUAUAAAAUAGGUAAACUUGAAGAACUCAUAGCUGAACAUUUUUUAAAUUAUAAAGAAAAUAAACAUAUUGAGUUCACAGCUAUUAUUAAAUUAAGUAAUGAUUUAAUUAAAGAGGCUUUAUCAAAUGAAACAAAUCUAGAUAGUGCUAGUAAUAAAAGUUUUCAUAUUAUAAUAACUUUAUUGUUUAUUCCAAUUGAAGCUAGAUUAUAA